AUGGCCCCUUCCUGUUACCUGCUCCUGGCAAAUUGCAUUGCUGGUGCUUCGGCUUUCGUGCUGCCCUUUUUUGGUCAGACGCCGAUGACAGUUGGAAAUCUCAGUCCUGAAUUCACGUGUGAUCUACCCCCUGUUCUUGAUCCUGCCGGUGAUGGGUUACCGUCGGCAGUGAGCCUAUUCUCGUCAGAUGAGGCGUUGGAACGACAGGUGAAACGUCACCAGGCCAUUGUGCAGGUUCCGUCGGUCUCCUACGAUAAUUUGGGCGAAAUUGGCAAGGAUGAGCGAUGGGCUCCCUUCUACAAGCUUUUCCCUGUUCUCCAAAAGUUGUAUCCUACAGUUCAUAAGUACGCAAAGCUAGAGAAGAUUAAUACCUUUGGGCUGCUUUACACACUCGAAGGCUCUGAUCCCUCUCUGAAACCAACCCUUCUUACCGCUCAUCAGGACGUGGUUCCCGUUGCUGAUGCAUCCACAUGGACUUAUCCACCUUUCGAAGCUCAUUUUGACGGCAAAUAUAUCUGGGGCCGGGGUGCAUCCGAUGACAAGAACAGUCUUACUGGCAUCUUCUCCGCCGUCGAGGGUCUUCUUUCCGAGUCUGACUGGAAGCCCAGACGGACUCUCCUCCUAGCAUUCGGGUUUGACGAGGAAGUUGGCCUCAACCAAGGUGCUGGGCGGAUCAGCGAGGUACUCAAGGACAGAUAUGGCGGCGACAGUAUUGCUAUUAUCCUUGACGAGGGCGGUUUUGGCUCGGGACCUCUAGAUAAUAAGACCGUAUAUGUUCACCCUGCAAUCACUGAGAAGGGCCAUACCAAUCUCUUCUUCGAGCUCCAUGUCAAGGGCGGCCACAGUUCUGUCCCCCUACCGCAUACUGGCAUCGGCAUCAUUUCUGAAAUCGUUGUCGCGCUCGAGUCUAACCCGUAUGAGCCUACAAUCGUCAAGAACAGCCCCAUUCACAAACGUCUAGUUUGUCAAGCGCGUUACUCUCCUAACACCCAGCCAAAGGUCGAAGAGCUACUACGGAAUAAUGACUUUGAUGGACUCGCAGUUGAAUUUGCUGGCGCUAGCCCGUUGAACCGGUUUGUUGUUCAAACCUCACAGGCUAUUGAUCUGAUUGAGGGCGGAGUGAAGAUAAAUGCCAUGCCGGAGGUCGUUACCUUGGCCGUCAACUAUCGUGUUGCACACCAUGAGAGACCCGUACAGGUUCAACACAAGGCUAUUCAAGUGAUUGCGGACGUUGUCGAGAAGUAUGGCCUUUGGGUGGACGCAUUCAAAGGCGACAAAGAAUAUCAGGAUUAUGUCGCAGAGCUUCAUCCCAGCGAUAUGCUAUAUCGCAGCGGUCUAAUGCGCCGUGAUGAAGCUGAUUACAACGGGACUCUUGUCGUCAGAGCCACAAAAGCCGAAGCCGCACCGGUGUCUCCUGCCAGUGGUCCUGUGUGGAAUGUUUUCUCGGGAACAAUUCGACACACUUUUGCGUCAGAAGAUAAGACUGUCGUACCAGUGGGAGACAUCAUGACUGGUAAUACCGACACUAGGCAUUAUCUCAGCCUUUCCCGCAAUGUCUUUAGGUGGACACCAGCUGUCGGCCGGGGGCUGGACAAUAUUCAUACUGUUGAUGAGCGUGUAAGCGUUCUUGACCACCUGAACGCUGUCAGGUUUUACUAUGACUUUAUUCGCAACUUCGACACUGCGGAUGUAUAA